GCCUCCGGCAAUUUUUUUGUUUUUGCUACUCAAGUCUCGCUCCCGUUUCACGCCGAAUUAACGAACUCAACACCAUAGUUAUCUUGCAAGACCAACGCGUCGGAUUUGCUGCCAAUGUCGUCUACGAGUUGCACGUUGGCUUCAUCGACGAAUUCUUUACCGGACCUGCUAUAUCCAUCUGUGUAUAACCUUGGAGCUGACGUCAUUUCUUGCGCCAGCAGUUUCCCCUAUGGAUACGGAUUGCGUGCAGAGUGAUCGGUGGAGUGGUAAACUGGUUUUCACGGAGUUCGACCAUCGAGGAUCCGUCAACAUUCAAAGCGAAUGGACGCACAGUUGCCUGAGGACGGAUUUACUGGCCGAUGAAAUUUGCGGUCGUAAUAAUAUCACGCUAGUUCGAUUGUACAAAGAACAGGUCAACCCAGCUACCAACGCACUUAUCCAUCCUGCUUUCGUGGUGUUCAAAACGGAGGGGCGAUGGAAGUAUUCCAUUGAGAAGAACAGGACUUGCAUUUUACUGCAACGUUCGAAAUGUAUGAAUGAUGUUCUUCACUCCUUUUGCGGAGGCGUUGCUGAAACCCAUCAGCAAAUAGGAAAGGGAUCCAUCGGAAAAGUUGUUCAUUUUUUGUGGCGCAACAACCACUUGGGAGAGCCCUACCAUCCGCAAAGAUCCGACAGCAUGUUAUUCGCAUUACGCAUUUUUAAAGCCUUUUCAUUUCAAAAUUGCGCGCUUACCGAUCACGUUAACAACUCGUCUGACGAUGACCCAGACCACUUCGAAUACUAAACGGCCUGAUCUCGUAAUCAAAUAUAGAGUCAACUAGAUGCUUAUAUAAUUGGCCGGUGAAAUUCCUCGGUCAACGACAUCUACCGUUCAAAUUAAUAAUUUUGAUUUGUCACGAAAAGCGUUCGUGGCUAUUUGAAUCAAGUUUUCUCCACCCAUGCGAAAUAGAGAAAUAUGGACACAUG